AUGUCAACCAAGCGGAAAGCCCCAGCCAAGCUGGCGGCUCCCGUUAUUAGAUCCGCCGCCCGAAUCCCCAACAAGGCCACCAUUGACGAGACCCGCGCCUCCAUCGCCGACACCGACGCCCUGGCGAGCUCUCAGGUCGAGACCAUCGAGAUCUCUUCCGACGCCGACAGCGAUGAUGACAUCUCCGACGCCGACAACAGCGCCGCUGAGGACGAGAACGCACAGGAGCUGACCAAUGGCUCCAAGGAUGCCGCGACCGCCCGCCUAAAAGCUCCCCGGAGCAAGCUCAAUGGCAACGAUGCGCAGUCGCCUGCCAAGCACGACGACGACGCCGAUUCAGACGCCGAGGCUGGCCCAUCCUUUGGCGAGCUCCUGCGCGCUGAGAAUGAGAUCAUCGACGUUCCCUCGCUUAUGAACCCUGUGGAUGCCAACACUGCCGUCUCUCAGCCUACCAGGAAUGCCAUCGUCCCGCCCUCCCACCAGUCCCUCACUACCGUCCUGUCCCAGGCCCUGCGCACCGAUGAUAUUGAUCUCCUCGAGUCCUGCCUGCACACCACCGACCUCCCCACCAUUCGCAACACCAUCGAGCGCCUCGAUAGCAGCCUUGCCGGUCUUCUCCUUACCAAGCUCGCUGCUCGCCUCUACCGACGCCCCGGCCGCGCUGGCAACCUUAUGACUUGGGUCCAGUGGACCCUCGUGGCCCACGGUGGCGCCCUCGCCUCGCAGCCCAAGGUCAUCCACAGCCUCAACGGCCUGCAAAAGGUUCUCGCCGAGCGCGCUAAGGGCCUCAACAGCCUCCUCGCCCUCAAGGGCAAGCUCGACAUGCUCGAGGGCCAGAUGGACCUGCGCCGCAAGAUGUCCCGUGGCCCCGGCCUGUCUCACGGUGCCGACUCAGACGAUUCGGAGGACGACGACGUUAUCUGGGUUGAGGGCGAGGACGACCGCGUCCCCGCCCGGAGGCGCAACCUAGACGGCGACUUCGACGAUGACGAAGAUGACGACGAUGUGCCCAUUACCAACGGCUUCGUCGGCGACUCGGACGACGAGGAGGAUGACUCGGCCGGUGAGGAAGACAACAGCGGUGCGGAGGAGUCUCUCGACGAGGACGAGGUCGACCACGACGAUGUGGACGAGUCCAUGGGCGAGGACGAGGAGAGCGACGUCGAGGCACCGCCUGCCAAGCUGCAGAAGACGGCAGGCAAGCGAAGGUGA